AUGGAAAAUAUAGGAAAUCACGGCGGGAAAAAGUAUGAAUAUUUAAGCAACAAUUAUGAUACCAUAUACAAUGGAACUGAAGAAGAGAGUGAAUCAAUGAGUAAUAAUUAUCAUAGUGGUAUGAAUUACAAUUAUAGCCAAAAUUUAUUAAACAAAAGUAACGGUACGAAUAUGUAUAUGAAUAACAAUAUGAAAAAAGGUGCUUAUAACUCUAGUGAUAUUAGCAUAAAUAUGAAUAAUAGCAUGAACAGAAGCAUGAAUGGCAACUUCAAUUACGGAAAUAAUAAUAAAAAAUACAACUCCACAAUGGAAAAAGAAAAACUAAUAAAUAGUAAGUCCACCUACCAAAUAAACCAAAAAAAUUACAAUAAUUUGAACUAUGAUAGCAACGAAGAUGAUUGCUCUGAAACGCAUUAUCAUUUUGAAAAUAAAUAUAAUUUAGACAAAGAUUUAGAAAAUAAUCGAGUUUUAAUUGAACCUGAUGAAUUAUUAACAUCAAGAAGAAAUCACAUGAGAACAAAAAUGCAAGUAUUAAUAAAAGUAUUAGUAAUUGUUGCCAUUUUUUUUCUUCUAGUAUUUCUUAUUACAAAAUUUAAAAAAUUCUUAAACUUAAUUAAUGUAGUUAUUAAAUGGGUGGGUGAACAAGGUUCUUGGAGUAUCCUCUUAUUCAUUUUAUUAUUUACUUUAACAUCUCCCCUUUUUAUGUCUGUAGAAAUUAUGUGUGUAGGCGCAGGUCUUAUAUUUUCCGGUGUUUAUGGAAAAUUUUUAGGAAUACUUGUAGCUGUUUUUUCAGUUUUAACUGGUUAUGUUUUAGGAAUGUCAUUAUGCUUUUUCAUUUCAAGAUAUAUGAUGCAUGAAUUUAUUUAUAAAAAGCUAAUGGUCUAUCCUAUAUAUUUAGCAUUUAACCAAGCGAUCAACUCUAAUGGAUUGUCUUUCGUCCUCUUGAUUCGUUUGUCUCCAAUUUUACCCGCCUCAGUCGUUAGUUACAUAUUAGGCGUGACAUCCCUCAAAUACAAGGAUUUCGCACUUGGGUCCAUUUCUGCCUUACCCAGUAUAAGCAUAUUUGUUUAUAUUGGAGUUUUGCUUCAGGACAUUUCCAACAUAUCGGAAAUGGAGAACCACUGGGCCAACCUGAUCAUCCUUUUCAUUGGCUUUAUUCUGGGUGUGAUUGCCAUUGCAUACAUAUCAGUUGUGACCAAACGCAGAUUAAAUAACUUGAACAUAAUGAACUCAUCACUGUCGACAACCAAUAUCGACAUCGAGUGA